AUGCCGUUCAGUCGCGCAUACGCCUUCCACGUAAUUUCCUUCCCUGCCAUUCCAGUGCUCCUUGUGCUGCGGUUUCCUCACUACAGCAGUAAGGUCAACGUCUGCGCCUUGCGCACAAACAUCGUCUUCUUUUCUACGUUGUUCACUUUGAUCUUUUUCUUCGCCUGUGGCGCUGGAGCAUUCUGGAAUCUGGCCCUUGGGAAUGUCCACGCAGGCCAGAGAUUGACCGUGGUACCCUGCCGGAGCGUUCACGUUCGCAUUGACGUCGAUGGUGUGGUGCCUGCUGGCGUCCAACUUCUCCAGGCCGUCGAUUUUCCUUUGACUCUACCGGUGGAAGACCUGUCACGCUUGAUCAAAGGCAAGAAGGAAAGGAUGGUCAAGAGGGAAGCCGAUGGCUGCGAGCGAUGGCAGCAACUAGGCGGGCCAACUAGAUGGGUUUGA